GCUAGCUGGAAAUGAAGAAGCCGUUCGUUUGUAGGACCAUGACUUGGACUGACUCGUGAGCCUUCCCAUGUAGUAGGUCUAAGAGUAAGACUAAGUAAAGCAGUAUGUCUAACAAACAGUCGACCUCGUCUAACCGAUCUGCUGGCCGGGGCCGAGGCGGCAAGGGACGAGGCAGAGGUGCGGGUAACUCCUCCGGUGAUCACGUCAACCAAUGGACUCAAGGGGAUCCAAGCACGAGGGCGUGGGGUAAACCGGGACAGGGACGAGGAGGUAAUCAAGCGGGUAACACAACUGGUUCUCAAGGUAACCAGUGGAUGCAAGGCGAUGCGGGAAAGAGAGCAUGGGAUAAACCAGGAGAAAAAGCACGAAAGAAAAAGGCUGCAGCGGAACAAGCCAAACCAACCAAACCAGUGCCAACAGCUGAAGAACGAUUCCGCGAAGCUUCCUCCCAAAUCCACGAUUCCGUUCAGCGACACAUAGAUCAAGGAGACCUUGAGAUGGAGGAGUCCUCAUCAGAAGAUGAGAUGGAUGACACCGAGAUACUUCAGAGCACCUUCAGGAUGUACACAAACCAAUAUGGCGAUAAUUCCACUGAGUUAGAGAAGACAAGUCAAUACUUGGUUGAUUCUUGUCGGUCAGGAGCUAAUGUCUGCCUCGUCUGUAUUGGCAAAGUCAAACGGCUGGAUGCGAUCUGGACUUGCAGCAAAUGCUACUGCGUUCUUCACUUACCGUGCGUCCAGAAAUGGGCCAAAGAGGGCGCUUUACAGAUGCAGGUUGACGAUACUUCAACUAAAAAGAGUUCAGUGUGGUCAUGUCCAAAGUGCCGUUACGAGCUACCUGUCUUUGCCAUCCCAAAGCGAUAUUCCUGUUUCUGUGCUAAGGUCAUCGACCCACCCUUCCACCCAUGGCUGAGUCCGCAUACCUGUGGUCAAACGUGUGAGCGACCUCUCAGACCAGAGUGCGGACAUAAAUGUCUCCUACUCUGCCAUCCUGGUCCGUGUCCACCUUGUCCGAAGAUGGUACGUUCAGCGUGUCAUUGUCAGCGCCAACAACCGCAGCCGAGACGUUGUAGCAGUAAGACCUGGUCAUGUGGUCAAACAUGCGGCAAGGUGUUGUCAUGCGGACAACAUUCAUGUCAACAACCGUGCCAUGAAGGUGUAUGUAAGCCGUGCCUAAGAACGAGCAAACAACCAUGUCAUUGCGGUAAGCUUCGAUCAGUGCGUCCGUGUGCCACGCCCCAAUGGCAGUGUGAUAGCGUCUGUAAUAAACAACUAUCAUGUGGACAUCAUAGAUGUGAGGUCGUGUGUCACUCGGGACUUUGUGGAGACUGUCCAAGAUCUGGGAAGAGAUUCUGUCCGUGUGGUAAAACAAGUUUUCAGAUUCCAUGCACUGAGAAUAUUCCAACUUGUGGUGAUACAUGCGACAAACUUCUAGAAUGUGGACUUCAUAAAUGCACAAGAAGAUGCCACUCAGGACCAUGUGAAACGUGUCGGCAGCUGAGUGUUAAGAAAUGUCGCUGUGGACAGAGAGAGAAGUCAAUAUUAUGCUGCAAGGAGUAUCUGUGUGACACGAAAUGCCAACAGAUGAAAGAUUGUCAACGUCAUCAAUGCAAGAGGAAGUGUUGUGAUGGUUUCUGUCCAGCCUGUGAGCAACUCUGCAACAGACCUCUUCCAUGCAAGAACCACAAGUGCCCUUCUCAGUGUCAUACAGGUUUGUGUUAUCCAUGUCAAGAAACGAUUGAUGUCAAAUGUUUCUGUGAAUCGACGCGUAAUACUGUGCCUUGUGGUCGUGAGAAAUUCACCAAACCACCGAGGUGUCAUCAACCUUGCAAAAUCCCUCCUAAUUGUCACCAUGCUGCACGUGAUCGUCAUCGAUGUCACUUCAACCGAUGUCAACCUUGUCAACAAGCAUGUGACAAGCCACUACCUCGAUGCAGUCACCGCUGUCCAUGGCAGUGUCAUACUGCAGUCCUUAUCAAACAGGUCGAGAACAAGGGAGCUAGAGCUGCCCCAUGGGAGCCCAAACCACAGGCACAUUUAACACUGGUUGAUAAGCCAUGUCCACCAUGCCAGGUUCCUAUACCAACAAUGUGUGUCGGGAAACACGAGAUGCAAGACGUCCCCUGUGCCUUGGUUGGACCAUUCUCCUGUAAGAAGCAAUGCGGACGUAUGUUAGCGUGUACAAAUCAUCACUGUACGCUAGAAUGUCAUCUGGUGACUGGUGCUGCAGAUGACUCUAUGUUUGGAAAGGAAUGUGAGCCGUGUGAUAAAGAAUGCAGUAAACCAAGACCCAGAGGAUGUGUACAUUCAUGUAUCAGGCCGUGUCACACUGGAUCCUGCCCUGCAUGUAAGAAGAGUAUACGUCAACGAUGCCAUUGUAAGAUGAUGAUGUUACAUAUUGACUGCCGUCAAUGGACGUCUGCUAACGAUGAUGAGAAAGCUGACUUAGUCUCAUGUAAAGGACCAUGUACCAAACAACUACCAUGCUCUCAUCUUUGCAACAAGAGCUGCCAUCCUGGAGACUGCUCAACGUCUGAAGAUUGUAUUCACAAAGUCUCCAUCAGAUGCUCAUGUAAGAGGAGGAAGAAGGAUUUCCCCUGUAAAGAUGUGCGAGAAGGCAAUGCUAAGGUGAUGUGUGAUACAUCUUGUAAACAAGCCAUGGAGAAAUUGGAGCAGAGAAAGGAAGAGGAGAAACUGAAGAAAGAAGAGGAAGAUAAAGCUCAGCAGCAGCGGGACCAGGACGAGUACGAGCGCCUGAUGAACGCAAAGGGGAAAAAGCGUCGAGGACGACGUAAAACGGACGAAGUUGUUGAACUUCGCUUCUGGCAGGAAAAGAAAUUCCAGAUCUUCUUAUUGUCUGCUGCCAUUGUUUUAGCUGCUCUGUCAUACGUAAUUUUCUUUGCUUAAUUACAUUCCAGAGUACAAUUCAUGCAGUUAUGUCAAUUUCAUUUUAUCUUUAUCUUAAUGUGGAUAAGGGACCCACAAAUAAUUUGUUCUUUUUAAGAAUUAUAUGUUAAUGCCAUAAAAACAAUGGUGCUUCAUCCUGUUUUGGUUUAUGGGUUUUUGGUGGGAUUAAUAAACUUAAAGAUGAAGAUGGAAAAUCUUGGUUCCUUUUUUUUUUUUGGGGGGGGGGUGGCAGUGUCCUUUUGUCAGUACCUUGUAAUGGUAUAUUAAAAUAUAAAAAUAAAAUAGGCAUGAAUGGAGCAUCUCAACAGUCCGGAGAGUAGAAACAUUCAAAUUGGAUUAAUUAACUCUUUCAUUCACUGACCAGUCGCUAGCGACCAGUUUAAAGCCAUUGGACCCUUUCGGAAAACAAAAUAGAAAGAUUAUAUGACUACAUGUACAGUUCUCAAAAUGGGAAAGAGGACUCUUGAAAGUGCUUUUGUGGCCAAUUUUUGGGGAGGUCGCCGUUCGCAAACAAAACCGAGUAAACAAUAAAUUUGUCCAUAAUAUGGAUCAUAUUAUGAUCAAUUUAUUACAAAAAAAAUGGAAGGCUCAAGUGUUCCAGCAUCUGUACAAGGACCAGUUCAUUGGACUGCGGGAGCAUUAAAGAUGCCAACCCACUUAUUCUAUAGUGUUGAAAUGUUCCCAUGGUUCGGCACAAUGUCACAGUCCAGCAGAGCUGGGGGUCCACUGGAUUUCAGGCUAUGCUUUAGUUAUCAUCCCUUUGUGCCCAAACAUGCCUGACAUUUAAGAUGCUCACAACUUAUCACAAAAGUGUUUCCUGACAAAAACUAGAACAGGAUACAAGUCAAAUUCUUAAAAUUGUCACUUAUUUAUUAAGUGUUUUGUAAACACAAUUUUGGAAACCUUGGCCCUUGCCCACCUUAACCACAAUCUUAUGUCACCCUAAUCCUAACUGUUGGGACUUCUCAAUUCUCCACAAUGAGGCCCUUUGAUAAGAGGAUUUAUAAGGGUUAGGGAUACAUGAACAUGUAAUUUACCACAAUAACUCCACUCACACAAUCAUUAAACAUUUUUUUAUUGUUUUUUUUCCUUUCUCUUUGGACAAAAACACGUCACAUGGAAUCUUUGUCAAUUUAUAAAAAAGUAAGACAAACGUCUCAGGACUAUGUACAACUUUUACUUUAAAAACAAAAUGUUGUAUGAAAUGAGAACUAAGGUCCCAUUGAUAAGUUUCUAAAAAUAAUUUGGUAAUGGUUUGUAGUAUGUAGUCAGAUUGGUCAUUCACUUCAAUACAUUGUCAAGUAUAACCAAGUUCCCUUACAGAUUAUUUGUUUAUGUACAAUAAUCACCAUACACACAGACAUUGCUUAUAUUGUUUGAGUUUUGUUUGACACGUUGUCUUUUAAAAGUGUCUGAACAAAUAAUAUACAGAACAGAAUGUUUGUUUUGUUUUAGAAGCAUACUAUGAACAUGGAAAACAUUGGAAAAUAUCAAUUCAGGUCAAGACCUUUAAUUUGACAUUUUUGGUUAUUUGGAAGUAGGUGUGGCCCUUUGCAGCCGCUACGGGCCUCUAAAGGGUUAAGGAAUGGGCAAGUUUUGAGACGAUGGUAGGCUCCAGAUCACUGAUCCUUUUCUUUUGUUCUCAAUAAUGAGACACAAUUGAAAAGCACCGGCGAGUCGGAUGCCCACGAUCCUCUCAAAAGUCUUCAAGUAAAAAUGUGCACUGUACUCACUUCCAAAUGGUUUUUGAAGGAACAAAACAUUUUAAAAAAUGACAAUAAAUGGCUGCACAAAAGCAAUACAGAGGUUGAUUUCACGAAGAGUCCUAGGAGAUAUUAAAAACCUAAGUCUAGUCCCAAGUUAGGACGAGUAACUCAUCCUCUAACUCAAGAUAAGACUAGUCCUAACUCUUUAUGAAAUCCACCCAGGUCCUCUUGAAACCCUAGUGAUAAAUGGUGAUAAAAUUUCAUAGAAUCAAACAACUUUUACAAUAAUUCCUUUCCUUUUUCUGAUAUGAACAAAUUUUGGAAGGACUAUUCCACGUUGAUAUUUCCAAAAUACCACAAGCAAAGGAUCUCUUGGUAAAAGCACCCUGUCAGGUUUUCAAUUGUAUUACAAACUGGGUCCAGGUGACGGUUUUAUGUCAGUGAAACCAACAUAACCAAUAACAUGAGUAACACAAGGUCUAUAAAAAGUCAAUACAACAAAACUGGAAGUGUUUUGUGUUUGUUUUAAUGUUGAAACAAAAACACUACAGAAGGGAAUGCCAUAAACAAUUAUGUAUUGUUACAAAUUUACUGUUGCAAUAAAAAAGCAGUGUUCCUGAUGUUUUGUAAAAUAGUCAAAUUCACAUGGAAGUGUAGUUCACAAAGAUACUGAUAAUGUCAAUGUGAAAAUGUUUUUCAUAAGAUGGAAUUGAUUCUUUUCAGAUCCCUGUUUAAGAUUUAGUUUAAGAUGUAAACCCAUAUUUGUUUUGUCCAGUCUCAACCAUCAAUGGCAGUUGUAAUGCAAGAAUAAGAGAUAGAAUAUGUAUUAUGGAGUUAGGCAAAGAAUAAGUAUGGACAAAAUGGCUGAUACUAAGGGCCCAGAAUGAAGCAAUGCUUCUAAAGGUAUGGGUCCCCGACUCCUAAACAUCUACAUGCCUUGAGCCGAGCUGUAUUGGCAAAACUUUGAAAUUGCACCAAGGCAUAUUUGAAAUUUCAAUAAACACUAUAGAAAAAUGUGAUUGAUAACAAGGGCCGACCUUCACAUUCAUGGUGUAGACUUAUUAUUAUUUAUAGAAUUUUCAGGCUUGUUAAAAAACAAUUUUGCUGAGGGCAAACAAAUCGGAGAGCAGAUUAAACAGAACUGAACAGCAUGCCUGGUGAUUUUAACAAAGAGGAAAUUAAAGUUGAUCGAUCUGUUGGAUGUGAAGUACAAUACCAUUAGACAUUUCCUUAAAAAAAAAACAUCCUAUAAAAUAUCACCCUAUAAAAGGUCAAACACUGUACCCCUUGUAUAUAUUUUCUUUAAUUGUUUAAACAAAGCUCUCUUAUAUUUACACGUUCUCCAGAAAUAACCUCAGUUAAAGUUUUCUGAUAAUACUGUACAUUAGGUUGAUUUUCCUUCCAAGUAAGAAAGACCCAUUUUAAUAGCUACCUUAAUGAAGUACAAGACACUUUGAAUAUAUCGUCAAAUUAUUAUGAGGAAUUCAUAGUAUUCAGUUAUAAAAGGUAUUAUUCAGGAUUGGUGGGGAUGACAAAAUAAAUGCAGACAGUGUUCAUGUUUUGUUAGCCCACCUUGUCCACCUGUUGUGGCUCUCUUUUAAUAUUGGUCUUAUUCGAUGUUAAAAGAGAUACUUAACAGCACACCAAGGUGUGAUCAACCAUUAACAUGAUAGACCCAAACCGUGGAAAUUUAGUCUUAAUCCCUUGUGUGACUCGGGGGGGGGGGGGGGGGAAUGGAAAAAAA